AUGAGGGAUUCAAAUUUUAGAGCAAUAUCAAGUAAUAAAGCUGCAGUAACAAUAACAACAAGUCUUUAUGAUAGAAGAGCAUUAGAUGUAACAUCAGAUAAACCAUUAGUAAAUUCAUUAAAUUAUUUAACUUAUUUAGUAAGUUCUUCUGCAAAAGUAAGAGAAACUUUAUCAAUAGAUGGUGGAAUAGAAAGAUUAAUUGAAAUUUUACAUGAAUGUCAUAAUUUUAAAAAAUUUAUAAAUGAUAAUGAUGAAAAACAAAUUUUAAUUGCUUGGAAAUGGACUUUAGCUUUUCAAUGUCUUGUGUUGAUUGGUACAAGAGGUACUGAAAAAAUAAGACAAAAAGUUGUUAAAGCUGGAAUUUUACCAAUAAUUGCUACAGUUUUAGAUAAUUAUAUUUCAUUACAUGAAAGAGCAUUUUUACAUAAUAAUAGUACAAACACCCUUAGUAAUAAUGGAAAUUAUGGAUUAUAUAAUUUAACAAAUAAUUCAAAUUCAAGAGAUGAUCAGGAUGAAAAUCAAUUUUAUUUUAAUUCAGGUAUAGAAAUGAUAAAUCAAUUUCAUUCACAAUUUCAAAAUAAUUCAUUUACAAAUAUAAAUACAACAACGACAAAUAAUGUGAAUUCUGAUCAAACUAUGAUUAAUCCUAAUGUAUUUCAACAACAACCACCACAACAAGAACAAUCUGAAAAUCCAAUAUAUAGUGUAAGAUCAAAUACAAGAGAAGAAGAUGAAGUUGAAGAAGCAAUAAUAGAUGGAAAUUUUUUAAAUAUGAAUAUUAAUAAUAAUACAACCCCUAACAAUACAAAUACCAUAAAUAAUACGAAUGUCACAAACAACAUAAAUAAUAAUUAUUAUUCACAAUUUUCAGCUGCUGCAGCUGCACUUGAAGCAACUUCAAUAUCAAACAAUUUUCAAUCUUUUACUUAUCCAUAUACAUCAUUAAAAGAUGUUGAUUUACAAGAAAUUGAAAAUUCAAGUGUUGAACAUUUAAUACAAUUAUUAAAAUUACCAAUAAAUGAUUGUGAACCCAAUAACAACAAUAAUAGUAAUAACAACUUACUUAUACCAAUCGAAUUAGAAGUUAAAAGAAAUUUUAUAACAUUAAAUUUAAUUGAAAAAUUAAAAGAAAUAAAAGAAAAUGAAAAUUUUGACAAGAAUCAUCAAAAUUAUAUGAUAAAUUUUGAUGAUGAAUAUAAUGAUGAAGAAUAUGAUAUGGAUAGUAAUUUACAAUUUCUUUCAGAUUUAUAUCAAAGAAAUUCAGAUAUUAAUGGUGGAGCAAAACAGAGUAAUAAUAUAGCAGUAAGAUCAUUUACUAAAUCAGGUGUUGUAAUACCAAAAGAUGAUGAUAUUGUUUGGUCAUUACAAUUAUUAGCAUAUAUUUCAAAAUAUCCUUAUUUAAAAGAUAUUUUACAAAAUACUCAUAUAAUUUUAAAUAUGAGUAUAAGAGAUAAACAAAUUAAAUCAUUUUUAGAAAAUCAAUUAAAAUUAAAUUUAUCUUCGACAAAUCAUAGCAAUCAUAAUCAUCAACAUAGUAACAGUAGGAACAACUCAAAAUCAAAUUCAAGUUCAAAUUCAAAAUCAUCUUCAAAUUCAUCAAAUACUUCUUCAAAUUCUUCAAAACUGAAAUUUUCAAAAAGAACAACAAUAAUCCCCAAAUCAAGGAAAAAAAAAUUAAAAACUACUUUUUUAGAAAGAUUUAAUCCAAGUGCUUCAAAUUCUCCUCAAAUGAUUUCUUCAUUAAAUGAUGAUGAAGAUAAUCUUAUAUUAAAAGAUGAUAAAUUUGAUUUAUGUGGUGAUAAUAAUAGACAAAAUUUAGAAACAAAUCAAGUUCAAUUAAAUUCUCAUGAAAAUAAUGAAAUUGAAGAAAAUGAAGAAAUAGAAGAUUAUGAAGAAGAGUAUGAUGAUGAUGAAGAUGAUGAUCAAGAAGAAAGUGGAGGAGAAGAUGAAGAAAGAAAUGAAAAUUUUGGAAAUGAAACAGAAGAAGAUUUAGAAGAAAGUUUAUCAAAUUCAAGUGAUGAUAAUUCAACAUUGAAUAAUAUAAAUUUUAAAAAUUCAUAUUUAAAACAAUUAUUUAAUUUAAUUGAAGAAAUUGAGACCACCCCAAGUUCUUUAAUCAAGAAAAUUAAAUAUAAUCAAUUAAAUUUAAAAUUAAAUAAAUUUAUUGAAUUUGAAUUAAAAAAUUUAUCAAUUUUAAUUAUCAACAAAAGAAAUGAAUAUAAAUUAUUUUUAAAAAAUAAAUGGAAUUAUGAAAAUUAUAAAAAUUUUGAUAUUGAUGAUUUACCAGUGACUAUAACAAAUGCAACAACUAAUUCAAAUUCAAAUGCAGGUUCAACAAAUACAUCAAAUUCAUCUUCAUCAUCACCUACUCCAACUAUAGCUACAAACACCACAAACACAACAACCACAACUUCAUCUACACCCCCCUCAACAACAACAACUCACCACUCAAAUAAAGAAGAUUUAGAUUCAUCAUUAUUUGAAAUUCAAAAAUUAAAUUUAUUCCCAUUAGUUGAAAAUUUUACAUUUUUAUCAGGAACAGAUAUGUAUUAUUGGUCAGGAGUAAUAAUGAGAAAUUCAUGUAGAAGGAACGACCUAAGAGGUGGAAUAAGACAAUGUGGAAAUUUAAAAUGUAAUAAAUGGGAGAACUAUCCGCGAGAAUUUUCAAAAUGUAGAAGAUGUAAAAGAACAAAAUAUUGUUCAAGAGAUUGUCAAAUGAAAGCUUGGCAUUGUCAUAGAAAUUGGUGUAUUCCUUCAAAUUCAAGUUCAAAUAGUACUAAUACUACUAAUACUAUUAAUACAACAAAUACAAAUACUUCAAAUACUACCACAGCUACGAACACUACUACAGUUACAAAUACUACAAAUACAUCAAACGCUACUACUGCCACGACGAAUAAUUCAACGAAUACUAUUGAUGGUAAUUCAGAGAAUCAACCUGGUUAA